AUGGACUUUGUUGAUGAAAGAACCAAUACCAAUGACUCUAGCUACCACGAAUUACAUCUCAGCAUGCAAGGCCAUGCCUCCUCUGGUAACUUUGCAAAAGCCCUGGACUUUUUGAACUCAAUGAGAAAUGUGCCAGGCAAACCAACUGUGUAUGAUUUCAAUGCUUUGCUUUACUCUUACUUAAAGUCACAAAGUGUAUUAUUAGAAUAUGUGGUUCAGGUUUACCAUGGAAUGGAAAGAUUCGGGCCGACCCCAAAUUCUUCGACUUUCAAUGUGCUUUUGAAUGGUAUGCUAUCACUUGGACAUCUAAAAGAUGCUUUUGUGAUUGCUGAAAAGAUGGUUGGAGGUGGGUUCUUACCCUCGUUUACUUCUUUGUCGAAAAUCUUGAAAAAGAUGCUUCAAGUUGGGGAUUUAGUUAACUCAGUUGGUGUUUUUAAGCUUAUGUUGAAGUUGGAGUAUUUUCCGACCGAACCCAGUUUGAGUUUGUUGAUUUCUAAGCUCAGUAAAGCCAGGAUGAUCCAAGAGGUGUGGUUUGUAUGCUGUGCUCUUAUGAGUAAGGGUCAUUUUUUGGGUGCUUAUGUCUAUAACCCUAUACUUUGGGCUUUGUGUAAAUCUGGUCAGAGUUAUAAUGCUUUGGAAUUGUAUUAUUGGAUGAAGAGGAAGGGCAUUGUACAUAAUGCGUGCUCUUAUACUGCUUUAAUGUAUGGGUUUGGUAGAGAAGGUUUGUGGAGAGAUCUUCUUGGUUGUUUAAAUGAAAUGGAGAGUGAUGGAUGUAAGCCUAGUGUAAUAACAUAUACUAUAAUUAUUAAGUUUCUUUGUGGUGAAGGGAGGAUUGCAGGGGCAUUAGAAUUUUUGGCUAAGAUGGAAAGGGAAGGAUGUGAACCAGAUAUGAUCACAUACAAUGUGAUUCUUCAUGAACUUUGUCUUCAAGAUAGAGUGGACGAAGUCGUUCACUUACUUGAUAUGAUUGAGAACAAAGGAUUUUCUCCCAACUCAUACACAUAUGCUGCUUUGGGCGGAGGCCUGUUAAAAACAGGUAAGAUUGGAAUUGCUUGUGAACUAUUGCUUGGUGUGAUUACAAGGGGCUGCUAUGUGGAUGUUGCUGUGUACAAUAUAUACUUCCAUUGUUUAUGUCACGAGAAUAGAUCAAAAGAAGCACUAUAUUUAUUGAAGAAAAUGAUGGAAGAAGGUUUAAUGCCUAGUAAUGUGUCAUUUAACACAAUUUUAAAGGGUUUCUGUAGAGAAAAUAACAUUUCCAAGGCUUUGAAGCUCUUGGACUGCUUUAAGUGGGAUGAAAAUGGGCCUGAUGUGAUUUCCUUUAAUACGAUUUUGUCUGUGGCAUGCAAACAGAAAAAGCAUUCCAUGAUCCAGAGGGUAUUGAGUCGUCUGAAGAAUGGAGGUGUUCAGCCUAAUGCUGUUAGUUUGAAUUGUUUGAUUCAGUACUUUUGUACGGUUGAAAAAUUUUCAGACUGUUUGAAGCUCUUGGAUUACAUGACGUGCAAUGGUUCUAGUCCCACUAUUGUCACUUUUAAUGUGCUGCUAGGCAGCCUUUGCAAGAAUGGUUUAGUUGGAAUUGCACAACAGGUUUUUAAGCAUCUCAGAAACACUGGAUUUUUCCCUGAUACAACUUCUUAUAAUAUUCUUAUUCGCGCCUUCAUAAGAGAGGGCAAUAAAGUGAUGGUUAAUCAAUUGGUUAAUGACAUGUACAGCCAAGGACUAAAACCAGAUCUCUUUACGUAUGGGUCCUUAAUUAGUGGCCUCUGCAAGGAAGGAAAGGCAUCUGUUGCUCUUAAGCUGAGGGAUGAAAUGGUAGAGAAUGGGAUUGCCCCAAGUAUUGUAAUUUACAAUACCCUAUUGGAGGCAAUGUUCCAGAGAGGUACUUACUCAGACAUUUUCUCGUUAUUGAAAAUUCUGGUUCUAGAAGGCUGUCAACCUAAUGAGGCAACUUUUGAGAUCCUUAACCGACCAAUAUGCAAAAGUUGGAUGAAGAGAUCUGUUGAGGUUGCAAAAUUUCUGGAGCUUGUGGAUGAAUGCAAAGCUAAUUGA